AUGUUCAUCACCGAUUUAGACGGCUACGCCACCGCCCGCGGAAUCACGAAGGUCCAAGCGGCCGGGGAGAUGAAGCGUCUCUGCGCCCAGCACAACCUGGAGAUUGUCUGCCUGGGCUCGUUUGACAACUUCGAGGGCCAUCCCAGACGAAGUCUGGAGGAGAGGCUGCGGAUCGCGCGGGAAUGGAUCGCCAUGGCUGACGGCUUGGGCACGGACGUCAUUCAGGUGCCCAGCAACGACGACAAGGACGCGGUCGGCGACAUAGACACCAUCGUGGCCAACCUGCAAGCGCUGGCGGAUCUCGGGCUACGGCAAGAGUCCCCCGACACCGCUCGCCCUCUGGUCGUCGAGCAUGUCGCGCGCCCCAACUACGGCCUCUGUCUGGACACAUACCUCGUUCUGGCGCGUCUGUGGUCAGACCCGCGGUCACCGUCUGGCAGACGGCCCGGCGGUGAUGCCGCGCUGCACAUGUCGCUCGAGACCUUCCGUGCAAGAAUUCCCGACUCCGCCACCGCGGCAUCCUCUACAACGCAGGCGCCCAUCGUCUACGUCCAGCUCAGUGACGCCGAGAGACUUGCGCCGCCGAUCCUGCCGGGCCAUGCCACCUACAGCGAGCACCAGGACGGCGUGCACUCGUGGUGCCGCUACGGCCGCUUGUUCCCGCUCGAGCGCGCCCGCAGCGCGUACCUGCCCGUCCUGGACGUCGCGAGGACGUGGUCGAAGGACAGCGGCUGGACGGGCGGGUGGCUGAGCAUAGAUGUCUUCCACCGCGACAUGGAGCGCGAAGGGAGUGGCCCGGAACACUGGGCUGAGAGGGGGACGAGGAGCUGGGAGGAGCUUGUCAAGAGACUUGGCGAGGAAUAA